CUUUCACUUCCGAGUUGAGGAAGAUCCGGUUUGCAGAGGGAAAACGAGGGUCGUACACGAGUCGCUAACAAGAAAUUACACGUGACUGGAAUAGCAAAAGCUGCCAUGAAAUGCAUCUGCACCGGGCUUGUUGUUUUUGCCCUGGCUUCUCAGGUGGUUGAUGCGACGUUGUCGAAAACAGAUGCAAAAAAAGCGCCCUCGAAAACACUGGAGGAAAAGACUCAACAUUCUGGUAAAACAGUACAAGACCGAGGUUUGGUCGUUACCGAUACAAAGGCAAAGGAUAUUAUCCUGGAACACAAAAGCUACUGCGCUAAAAAAGCCCGAGAGCGAUAUUUCUUCGGAGAUGUUCUGGGUUACAUUACACCCUGGAACAGCCAUGGCUACGACAUUGCUAAGAUAUUUGGAAGCAAAUUCACAACGAUCUCGCCAGUCUGGCUGCAGGUGAAGAGAAGGGGCAAGGAGAGGUUCCAGUUAACAGGGCUCCAUGAUGCUGACCAAGGUUGGAUGAAGGAAGUCAAGAAGAAUGCUAAAAACAUCAAAAUAGUACCACGGAUUUUGUUUGAAGGGUGGACUUACCAGGACUUUGAGAGUGUGUUUGACAGUGAAGAUGAGAUAGAAGAGCUUUCUAAUAACAUGGUUCAAGUAGCCAAGAGUGAAAACUUUGAUGGUUUUGUGGCUGAAGUCUGGAGUCAGCUAGGAAAUCAAAAGCAAACGGGUCUGAUUCAUUUGCUCACUCACCUCUCGGAAGCUUUGCAUCGGGCACAACUUAAACUUAUGCUUGUCAUCCCUCCUGCUGUCAUGCCAGGAUCCAACCAAUUGGGUGUAUUUACAAAGAAAGAAUUCGAUCAGCUAGCCCCGGUAGUGGACAGCUUCAGUCUCAUGACGUAUGAUUAUUCAACGCCGCAACGGCCUGGACCUAAUUCCCCUCUACCUUGGAUGCGAGCUUGUGUUCAGAUGCUGGAUCCAGAAUCCAAAUGGAGAAGUAAAAUUCUUCUGGGGCUGAAUUUUUAUGGCAUGGACUACUCAGCACUGAGUGCUUCGGGGGAACCAAUAUUUGGUAACAGGUAUAUAGAAGUCUUGAAGGAGCAUAAGCCUAAACUGGUUUGGGAUGAACAAAUAGCUGAACAUUAUUUUGAAUACAAAAAAAGUAAAGGAGGGAAGCAUGCAGUCUUCUACCCAACCUUGAAGUCCAUCCAAGUGCGGUUAGAGCUUGCGAAGGAACUGGGCACAGGAAUAGCCAUCUGGGAACUGGGCCAAGGCCUGGAUUAUUUUUAUGACUUGCUUUAAAAUAAGACAUGUUCUUUUCUUCAUUGACAUUUUAUCUUCAAUCAACUGGACCUUAACGGGGGGUGGGGUGGGAUGCAGGGAGGAAUAUUAUUUUUCUGGGAUGUUAUGUAAUUUAUAAGGAAUCAGUUUCAAAUUUUCCCAAUAAAGAAUCUCCUUUGAAGUUAUUGUGCUUCAUAUAAUGUAUGGAGAUGGAUAAUGAAAAAGCAGGAAGAGCCACCAACAUUACAGAAGUCUUGACUGCAAUGAGAGUAGGUAAGAGCUCUUCAUUUUUGUAUCCUUUUUUAAUGUUUGAAGCUAACUCAAGGUGUAAUAUUUGCAAGC